UCUCCAACCGAGCCAAGCAUCGACGGGAGUUCGCAGUACUUGGAUCCCAGGGUGUAUUACCAACAUCACGUCCCAUCACACCAGUUUCACCACCGAGCACCGUGUACACCGGGAUCGUCUCCCGACCGAUCCAGCACAUCUAACACUCCCUCGCCCCUUAGAACCCCCGGGGAUCAGGGUUUCUCACCCCCUGACGCUGAGUGUCACAGGGUGAGGAGCAACAGGAUGAGUUACUCCAAAAAUCAGGUCAGAUGUCUGGAGGCAGUGUUCCUGUCUUCACCUUACCCCGACUCACAGGCAUUCGAGAUACUGGCGGAAGAACUGGGCUUGCCUGAAAAGAAGCUGAAGAUUUGGUUUCAAAACAAGAGAGCCCGUUCCAAGCGCCGCCAGUCCGACCAAUGUCGGAGUCCGAUGCCCACAGUGCACCAUCACCCUUACCUGUUGCCUGCAGCCUCGAUGUUGCCCACCGCUUUCCCACCCUUCCAGUACAUGAUGCCAGGGGUCAUGAUGACGCAACAGGGGCUCAUGAUGACGCCGUCACCAGAGAUGCAGAUGAUGCAGCAUUCGGUCUUCUCCUUCCCAACUUCCGGUUCACCCACCAUGGCUUCCGCGCAUGCCCAGUUCUCAUCUUGAGUCAAGGACAGCAAGGGACUGUGCAAUAACGAAUGCAGCAUAUA